AUGAAAAAUGAUGCUGGCAAACAUAAACAACACCUUCAAGAACCCUUAACCUCUCCCCACGAAGAACUCCAGUACAUCAACCUCGUCAAUCAGAUCAUCACCAAUGGUCACUUAAAAUCAGACAGAACUGGAACGGGCACUCGAUCAAUAUUUGGCACACAGAUGAGGUUCAGCCUUCGAAAUGACACCAUUCCCCUCCUAACCACCAAACGAGUUUUCUGGAAGGGUGUAGUCGAAGAACUUCUUUGGUUUAUUGCUGGUUCAACUAAUGCUCUCAAGCUGGCUGACAAAGGAGUCCACAUCUGGGAUGCCAAUGGCAGUAGAACUUUUUUGGACAAAUUAGGGUUUGAAGAUAGGGAGGAAGGAGAUUUGGGGCCGGUUUACGGCUUUCAGUGGAGACAUGCUGGGGCCAGAUAUAAAAAUAUGAAUGCUGAUUAUAAUAAUGAGGGCAUCGACCAAUUAAAAGAGGUGAUAGAUAGGAUAAAGUCGAAUCCGGAUGACCGGAGGAUGAUUGUAUGUUCGUGGAACGUUGCAGACCUCAGCUCGAUGGCUCUGCCUCCGUGCCAUCUACUAUUUCAGUUCUAUGUUGCUGAUGGAGAGCUGUCGUGCAGCAUGUAUCAGAGGUCUGCCGAUGUAGGACUGGGCGUGCCGUUCAAUAUAGCCAGUUACUCUCUGCUGACACACAUGAUUGCCCACAUAUGCAAGCUUAAACCUGGAGAGUUCAUUCAUUUCAUGGGUGAUACCCACGUGUAUCUGGAUCAUGUUGAGCCCCUUCAAGAACAGAUAUAUAGAGAACCGAGGGAAUUCCCAAAGUUAAAAAUAAAUCGAGUCGUUGAGAGUAUUGAUGAUUUUAAGUUUGAAGAUUUUGAGUUGGUUGGUUAUAAGCCUUAUCCAGCCAUUAAGAUGAGGAUGGCUGUGUGA